UUUCUAAAUCUCCUCUCUUCCAGCUUCUUCUGCCCUCUGCCAGCUUCAAUCCAUCCUGCCCCCAUGCCCCCUGCCCCCCUGCCCCCUACCUCCCUGCCCCCCUGCCCUCCUGCCCCCAUGCCCCCCUGUAGUGCUGCCAGGUCAGGGGAUCGUUUAUUACCUUCUACACAUAACCUUGCUUCUGCCUUCAGCCUUACUGUUAAAUGA